UUCGUUCGCGGAGCGAGCGAAGUGAGUCCUCGAGUUGCAUGCGAUCGUUUCGCGCGUGUGCCACGAACGGUGGGAUUAUAACGGGUGUGUUCUAUUCUUACGCGGUAUAGUGUACGGAAAGACAUCGUUGGGAAGACAUCGGGCGCGGUGUGAGUGCAACACGCGCCGCGACGCGCGCAGCAGGUAGCCGGAGGAAACGUCAGGUCGCGGACAGCCCGAGCGCCACCGGCUUGUUGUCAAGAUGGCGUCCAAGGGGAAGCUAGGCACCGAGCAUGGCCGCACAGACUCAUACAGGGUCGCCACGUUACCCAACAUUCGCGACGACAACAAAACCGCAGAUGGGAUGUAUAAGUCGCGGCGGAAGAACCCAAAGCGGAGGGGGGACAAUCUAGAUGACUUGAAGCAGGAGUUGGAUAUUGACUUCCACAAAAUCUCACCCGAGGAACUGUAUCAAAGAUUUCAGACGCACCCCGAAAACGGCCUCAGCCACGCGAAAGCAAAGGAGAACUUGGAGAGGGAUGGACCGAACGCCUUGACGCCGCCGAAGCAGACUCCGGAAUGGGUCAAGUUCUGCAAAAAUCUGUUCGGCGGUUUCGCCCUUCUAUUGUGGAUCGGCGCGAUUCUGUGUUUCAUCGCGUACUCAAUUCAGGCCUCGACCAGCGAGGACCCGAACGACGACAAUCUCUACCUGGGCAUCGUCCUCGCGGCGGUCGUCAUAGUCACGGGUAUAUUCUCGUACUAUCAGGAGAGCAAGUCGAGCAAGAUUAUGGAGUCGUUCAAGAACAUGGUGCCGCAAUUCGCCACCGUGAUCCGGGAGGGUGAAAAGCUCACCUUGCGGGCAGAAGAUCUCGUGCUCGGUGACGUCGUCGAUGUCAAGUUCGGCGAUCGGAUACCGGCCGACAUCAGGAUUAUCGAGUCUCGAGGAUUUAAGGUAGACAACAGUUCGCUGACGGGCGAGUCCGAACCGCAAUCGAGGUCGCCCGAAUUUACACAUGAAAAUCCGCUUGAAACGAAGAACCUCGCGUUCUUCUCGACAAACGCGGUGGAAGGCACGGCCAAGGGAGUGGUGAUCUGCUGUGGCGAUCAGACGGUAAUGGGAAGGAUUGCUGGUUUAGCAUCCGGCCUUGAUACCGGUGAAACGCCGAUUGCCAAGGAGAUACAUCAUUUUAUACAUCUUAUUACCGGUGUCGCUGUCUUCCUCGGCGUCACAUUCUUUAUCAUAGCUUUUAUUCUGGGUUAUCAUUGGCUUGACGCCGUCAUCUUCCUAAUUGGUAUUAUUGUCGCGAAUGUACCGGAGGGCCUCCUCGCUACCGUGACCGUGUGCCUCACUCUGACCGCCAAACGAAUGGCUUCGAAGAACUGCCUGGUGAAGAAUCUCGAGGCCGUGGAGACCCUGGGCUCAACCUCGACUAUCUGCUCAGAUAAGACAGGUACUCUUACGCAGAAUCGUAUGACAGUGGCGCACAUGUGGUUCGACAAUCAGAUCAUUGAUGCUGAUACCACGGAAGAUCAAUCCGGUUUGCAAUACGACCGUACUAGUCCAGGAUUCAAGGCAUUAGCCAAAAUAGCAACUUUGUGUAAUCGCGCCGAGUUUAAGCCAGGUCAGGAGGGUGAACCGAUUUUGAAGCGAGAAGUAAACGGUGACGCCUCUGAGGCCGCGCUGCUUAAGUGCAUGGAACUUGCGUUGGGUGAUGUCAUGGGCAUUAGGAAACGUAACAAGAAAGUCUGCGAGAUUCCCUUCAAUUCCACUAACAAAUAUCAGGUGUCCAUACACGAAUCGGACGAUCCUAACGAUACCAGAUAUCUCUUGGUAAUGAAGGGUGCUCCCGAAAGAAUUCUGGAUAGGUGCUCGACCAUAUUUAUCGGUGGCAAAGAGAAGGUUCUUGACGAGGAGAUGAAAGAGGCAUUCAAUAACGCGUAUUUGGAAUUGGGCGGACUCGGCGAACGAGUACUCGGCUUUUGUGACUACAUACUGCCGUCCGACAAGUUCCCGCCUGGCUUCAAGUUCAACGCCGACGAUCCCAACUUCCCGGUCGAAGGGCUCCGCUUCGUGGGCCUGAUGUCUAUGAUCGAUCCGCCGCGGGCAGCAGUGCCCGAUGCGGUCGCCAAGUGCCGUUCCGCCGGCAUUAAGGUCAUCAUGGUUACCGGUGACCAUCCGAUCACUGCCAAAGCCAUUGCCAAAUCUGUCGGCAUCAUCUCUGAAGGUAAUGAAACCGUUGAGGAUAUUGCGCAACGGUUAAAUAUCCCUGUAUCCGAAGUAAAUCCUCGCGAGGCUAAAGCCGCAGUCAUCCACGGAACCGAACUCAGGGAACUCAACUCCGACCAAUUGGACGAGAUUCUCAGGUAUCACACCGAAAUUGUGUUCGCCCGUACCUCGCCUCAGCAAAAGCUCAUCAUUGUCGAAGGCUGCCAGCGGAUGGGCGCGAUUGUUGCUGUAACUGGCGACGGUGUGAAUGAUUCGCCCGCUCUGAAGAAAGCCGACAUUGGUGUCGCUAUGGGCAUCGCCGGUUCGGACGUCUCCAAACAAGCGGCCGACAUGAUCCUUCUCGAUGACAACUUUGCCUCGAUUGUGACAGGUGUGGAAGAGGGUCGCUUGAUCUUCGACAACCUAAAAAAAUCUAUCGCCUACACUCUGACUUCGAACAUACCCGAAAUCUCGCCUUUCUUGGCGUUUAUCCUCUGCGAUAUCCCUCUGCCACUGGGUACCGUCACCAUUCUCUGCAUCGAUCUGGGCACUGACAUGGUGCCGGCCAUCUCGCUAGCCUACGAGGCACCGGAGUCGGACAUUAUGAAACGGCAGCCACGCGAUCCUUACAGAGACAAUCUUGUCAACCGAAGGCUUAUUUCGAUGGCAUAUGGUCAAAUCGGUAUGAUCCAAGCCGCGGCCGGUUUCUUCGUCUACUUUGUCAUUAUGGCUGAAAACGGAUUUCUACCCCUAUAUCUGUUUGGUAUCCGAAAGCAGUGGGAUUCUAAGGCUAUCAACGAUUUAACCGACAGCUACGGUCAGGAAUGGACCUACAGGGAUCGCAAAACGCUGGAGUUCACCUGCCAUACAGCUUUCUUCGUAUCGAUUGUAAUUGUGCAAUGGGCUGAUCUGAUUGUCUGCAAAACGCGCCGCAAUUCAAUUAUUCACCAGGGAAUGAGAAAUUGGGCUUUGAACUUUGGUCUCGUGUUUGAGACUGCCCUCGCUGCGUUCCUAAGUUAUACGCCCGGAAUGGACAAGGGUCUUCGUAUGUUCCCACUCAAAUUCGUAUGGUGGUUGCCAGCUCUGCCGUUCAUGUUCGCCAUCUUCAUUUAUGACGAGACGAGACGAUUCUAUCUCCGCCGGAAUCCAGGCGGCUGGCUCGAGCAAGAAACUUACUAUUAGACGCAAGGAGAAUUAAAUCACACGCAUGCAGAGCGCGCGCGCAAGAGGACGAGUGAACGGACGAGAGAGCGAGAGAAAGAGAGCGAGAGAGAGAGAGAGAGAGAGAAUGAUGAUGCGAGAGAAUGAGACGCAUACUCACACCUGAAAAAUAUACACUUGAAAAAAAAAGAAAAAUAAGUAAAUCACUCAUGUUGAACAAAUAUAUAACACUUUUCACACGGAACGUGCUACUGGGUCUGUCCGAGUCACGUGUCGAGAGAGCAACGGAUGGACAACGAAGGAUGAUGCGCAAAGAUUCGCACUUGCUCUCACGACGAAAAAGAAGAUGCUAUUUCUCCGCGACAUGGAGAAGACCCUUUAGCGCUAUAGAUACAGCGCGAGAUACAAAGAGCACGCUCGUCGUUCUGGCUUGCCGCCAACAAUCGCUUGCACGCUUGCGUGUCAAGUUUCAUAGUCUCAAAAAAUUGAUCCGGUGUUCGAGAGAGGAAAGAAGGAUUCAUCGAGGGGAAAUUUCACCAGUCAUCAUAAUACGGAUUGGGAAGCCAAUUGGGAAGUUGCGCCUUCUGCUCUGCAUCCAUCUGUACAACUACGAAGCUUUCCGGUGAUGAUUGGUGCUAUUGCUGCUACUGCUACUGUCAGAUUAUGGAUGAUAUAUUCUACAAGCGUUGUUCGAAGAUGGAACGAAGGAAAGAGAGAAAGAAAUGAUCGAGAAGAGUCGCUGAGUUAAUGACGCUGCAAUGCAACUGAUGCAAGAGUGUCAGGCCUAAAGAAAAAACGUCGUAACGUGAUGGAACGUAGAUGAAAGGAAAUCGAGACGACAGUGAGAAUGAAAGUCCGAAGACUGGGAUGCUAAUACGCGACGGAGAAUCAUGGAAUCACGUGCAUGCCGGAUGCAAAUUAUUACAUUCACGCGACUUCUUAUACUAUUAGUGGCGUAUUAUCGUAGACAUCUUUGCGUUACCAAGAAACUUUAUAAUAAUAGGCUUUCGUUGAUCGUCGAUCAAUGCGCGCAAAAUAACGGUACGCCAAAGAUCGGCACAUACACACAACACGCCCUCCAUUGAGAAGAAUUUUAGAUCGAAGACAAGAAGAUAGAGACUCGGGGAAAAAGAAAGGGGAACAGAGAGAUCGACGUGACAGAGCAAAUCGAAAAAAAAAGUGCUCAAUAUAACAGGAGAAUGAUUAAAGCAAAUUCUUAGGCAUCUCGCGUGACACCGAAAUAUAUACUUCGUACGAAAAUCUAAUUACUUGUUAAUUGUAACGAAGGACCUGAUAUGACAGAUAUAUCGGCACGGUCUAUAGUUAUACGUCAUGAUAAAAAUAAUUAAAAUAAAGGGAAGAGAGAAAGUUAUAUAAAUAACUAAAUAAAAAAAAUAAUAAAAUAUAAUUAAAUAAAACCGCAUUCGCAGUAUUUAUUAUUAUUAAAUAAACGACAUACACAUUCGGUUUUGAGUCUUAAUCCGUGUAGCUGUCAGGAGGAAAGCGGCAAAAACGUAUCGCGUAGUUUCAGUAUAGUUAUGACUCUUAGCUCGAAAAAUAAUAUCACACUAACACACGUGAAAACAUACGAGGAAACUGGACUGGGAAUGAAAGAAAAGUGCGCGUUGAUCGGGAUGGGUUCCAGCGGAGAGCGGGGUGGUUCAUCCCAUCGUAAUCCAGCAGUAGGAGGGUGGGGGAAAGAGGUAUAAUUAGGAGGCGAAGAUACGUAUGUGGAUAGUAAAUGUAAAAUAAUUAUCAACUGAAUCACUACCAAUUGAGAAUAUAAUGAACUGAUAAACGGUAUGUUAUGUGAUUGCGUGGGCAGAUAGUAAAGCGGUAGGUGGUCGCGGCCUGGUUGCCGGCGAACCGGAGGAAAAAAGAAAAAUAAAUCCUGCCGCAUGCCAUUUGAGAAGAUAAGUGAAUUAUUAUAAAACGUUAUUGAUUAACGACGAAAGAGAAAGAGAGAAAGAGAGAUAAUAAAAGUUUAACGAGGCAGGAUAAUGGGAUAGCGAAUGUGCGAUAUAAUACACUCGAUACUUUGUAUUAGAGAAGAGGUGCGGUAUAUAUGUACGCAGAAUAUAGACAGGGAAAGAAAAAGGGGACAGAUCGGAGCAGAGAAAGCGAGUAAAAAAAAAUGUUCUUACUUAGGUAAAAGCUAAAUGAAGAAUAUAAAAAUUCCUUCUCUUAGUUUUUCAUAGAUUUAAAACGCCAGCGGGACAGCUCGCUAUAAAUCAUUGACCCCCCCGCAACGCGGAACUCCCUGUAUAGCAGCGAAACGUAUAGGAUCUCUUGUUAGCCAGCCGGCGAGCGCGCUGUCCGUGUUACGUAUGUGUGUGUAUGCGUGCGCGUGUAUGUGCGUUGUGCAUGUAGUAAUCGAAACAACACACAACGGUGACUUAAAAUGCCUGCCACGCGACUUUUAUUCUUUUUUUUUUCGGGCCGGGACGAUACGAGACUUUUUUCUCAUCGACGCGAUCUCGCAACUGUAUACACGAAUAUAUUAUAUCCCCCUCUCCUCCUCUCGUCUCUCCCGGGAUGGGUCUCUCUCAAUCGUUGCCCGCGUUUGUUUCGGACGCGCUGUUGAUGCGUGAGAAAGUCGGCAAGACGAGAAAUGAAUAUUACCCGCGCGAACAAUUUUUGUUCAACGAUAUCUGAAUAAUUAUGCGAAAUCGCACUUAAAAAGAAACGCGAUAGCUAUAUCAUUUUUGAUGAAAGAACGAAUAAGAGAUUUUUCUCUGAUUUUCAGAAAUUACAAUCGAUAAAAUUUUAAAACACCGUUCUCGCUGUUAUUGUUAAAAAUAUUGUGAAACGCGAUUAAUUUAAGACACACUCGUGUGGCGACUCUCGGACGAUGAUCAUUCCAUUAUCUUUGCAAAUAAUAAUGCUUCUUUCAUUUUUUCGUAUCGCGUAUAAGCAAUCCAAAGUCCAGUAUCCAACUCAUCAUUGCAUUACGAAGGGAGAAUGGAGCAAUUGCGUGGCUAUAUUGUUACAAUUAUAUCAUGUUAUAUAAUAACCCGCGAGAUGAUCGCGUUCUCGUCGAUCGAUUGUGGCGAACGCGGGGACUCGAUGAGUGAACAUGCGACGCUCGCUCGGCGGCCCAGGCCCCAAAACUACCCUAAGUGUUCAAUAAUCGACGUGUUCUCGAGGUGCCCCGUACAACGCGAAAUGUUUCUUCCUUCGCCGGUUUCUUCCGUCCGGUGCCGCCGCCUCGAGUGGACUCGAAAAUAAGGCUCGCAGUUCCUCGACUUCUCGCGCGAUUGAUUUUCUCUGUUGAAAACGCGCGAGAGAUUGCGCGAAUUGCAUUUCCGGAUACGCGACCGAUCAACUCGAAUGAAUGGAAAGGUCUGAGGAAGAAAAAUCAAACGUUCUCAAUGUCGUUUUAGGCUGUACUUGCACGGUCCCACGCGGAAGAGAAUGACGAAGCAGAGGCUUUGCUCACGGAUGCGGGAAGAAAAAGGCAUCGGAUAGAGACGAGAUCACGACUCGCGCGCGAGCUCGUACAUCGGGAACUGGAAUUCGAGACGUUUCAAAAGUAUCCAUCGGCCGAUCGAUGCAUCACGCGAAAUCAAUCUAUCCUAUUCGGACGCUAUCCAAUCAUCACGGCGUUUCCAAAUUCGAUCGACGCCGAUCAACUGACAUUCUCCUCCUCUGUCUGCGUUAUAUAGGCGAAAAAUUGUAAUUUUUAGAAAGAGACAGCGAUUAGCUGAGCCGGGAUGAUUAGGGCUCGAUUUUAAUGUUGCGACACGGCUCUCUCGCCGUGAAAGAUCGAUCGCUUCUGUCACAACGAAUAUGCGGUGAUUUAAAACGUUUCACGCGCGAUUGUUACUCUCAAUGGAACGUCCGUUUUUUUUCGGAUCGGAUGCGAAAGGAAAAAUGCAGGAUAAAGAGAGAAAGAAUGGAAGAAAGAGAGAGAGAGAGAAAGAGAGAAAAUGAGAGAACGAAAGAGAGGAACACUGCGUGUAUGUAUGCGGUGGAUAUCUUUGAAGCUACGGAGAAGAUCCGCGGCGUUGUCGACAGGGUGUUCCGUGCCUGUAGGGGGGCCGUAGGAGCCCAAAAAAAAAAAUGCUUUGCCGUCGUGCGCCGCCUCUUUACUUUAGGCUAAUAAUUUAAAUAUUAUUAAUAAAAUAUAAUAGUAUAAUGAUAUAAAUAAAUAAUAUAAUGAUAAAUAAUAAUAAUAUUAAUAAUAAUACAUGUUACAAUAAGAUAUUAUUAGAUGUAAUUAUUAUAUAUGGUUUAGUCUAGAUCGUGUUGUUGAAGAAAAAAAACAAAGUACGUAUAAGCGAACAAAAAAAAAAGAUGGAAGACAGAGUGGAGAAGAGAUGGAGGAGAAAGAGACGAUGGAGAGGAGAAGAAGGAAAAGGGAAGAAAACAAGGGUUUAAGGAAGACAUGCCAGGCGGGGAGGAAGUUUCGGUCUAAGACCACACACAAUUCUUUUGCGGUGGACUGAGCGGGACGGUGCCGCGCUUAUGCACGCUUACUCAUCGCGUUCUACACACUUAUUUUAUCCAUGGAGUAGAGGACAAUGUUACGCUUUCGCGUGAUUUUGAACAUAAGAGGAGGAUUCCCCUGGAGUCUCUGUAUACACAUGCGGUUACCAUUUCAUUUCUCUCCUUUUUUGCGCCUUUCUGAAGAGAAAAACAAGCGGCUCUCUUCUUUCUGUUUCAUCCCGAGGACGAAAGAAUGAGAGUCGUUGAUUCUCUCUUCAAAAAGAUAUAAAUUCAUACAUACAUGUAUUCCAAUAAAAAAUUAAGUUUUUCUUUUCUCCCCGCUUAUCGGAACGCUUUCAUUAGGAGUAUCCUCGCGGGGAAAAAAUGACGCCGCACGCCUGCACAGCCCACCGCAUACCGUGUCGGAAUCAUUGUACGAUUAAAAAAAUGUUUAAAAGAGAGAGAGAGAGGAAGAGAGAAAAAGUAACGAACGAUGUUUUAUUAAUAUUGUAUAUAUAUUUUAAAUAAUUGUGAAUGACGGACAAACAGAUCGCACGUGCGAACGACGGCGACCUCGACCGAGAAGCGUUCUUCUCCCGAAGAGAGGAGGCCGUUUCUUCGCCUCACGGGUCUUAUCCGUAUAUACACUCCUUUUUUUCUGUUUCUUAUUUUUUUUCUUGCGUUAUAAACGCCGCGUAUACCACACAUUUACACUUUGUACACCUCGUAUAGAGAAAGAAAGGAAGAGGAAGAAGAGAAAGAAAGAGAGAGAGAGAGAGAGAGAGAGAUACGGGUUACACGCUCGGAAAUGACACGUACACCGCUCCACCAGCUAUAUCUAUAUUCCGAUUGACGAUUGACGAUUCCCUUUCGCAAUUAAUUAAUUAAUUAUUAUUCGAUAAGUUCUGUUUUUACACACGCGACACACAUGUGAAAAUACAUCGCAAUCUCUGAGAUACGAAUACAACCCAAGUGUCAUUACUUUUGAUGUUAAAUAAAAAAUACAUAAUUAAUA